AUGUCAUCACUGCUGAACAGUUGGUGGUCUUUCGCGAAGAGACACCGAAACAAAGCGCUGGUCGGUGUGGGAGUCGUCGGCGCCUUCUAUGCCCUCAACCGAUACGUCCAUUCGGUGGCCAACGAGUGGCAGAACAGCUCUUCGCGUGACUUUGUCUCCGAAGUGAAGAAGAAAGAGAUUCACUUCGAGAACACGAUCGACACAUGCAAUCAGACAUCGAUGUCGCUGUCGGUGAAGAUUGUGGACAUUCUGGACCAGUCGUUGGACGCCGAGCCCAUACUGGAGGCCAUCCGUGCGGACAAACUCAACGACGGCGGCCGACAGUCGAUCGCGUUGUGGAACAAACUCAAAGUCCGCAUAUUUACCAGAGUUAUCGCCGAAGUGUAUUGUGUGGUACUCUUCGUCACCUAUCUUCGCGUCCAACUGUCAGUAUUGGCCGGUUAUAUAUAUGUCGACAACUGUGCCAACAAUCCGGCGAAUCUGAUGUCCCAAAUACAGGCCACCUCUUCGGGCGUACAAAACAAAUAUCUCUCACUUUUGCAUAACUUCUAUACGGAAGGCAUUCAACAGAUCAUUGAACCCAUUAUGGAAGCGGUCGAAGACGCUCUACAAGACAUCAGUCUUAAGGAUAAGAUUGUUUUGCAAGACUUGAAGAAUAUUUUUGAUAAAGAAAAGCUGAAGAAGUUGUUCGCCGCUAAGCGAGAGACCAUCAAAGAAGACGUGACCGUCGAGUUCGAUGAUCUUGUAUUUGAUCCCAAAUCGCUGCCAGAGUUUCCCGAUUUGUUCGAGUUUUACAAAACAAUUUUAGAUGAAAUACCGCUCAUAUUCUUCAACGAUUUGUCGCAAAUCAAACGAUUCGCUAAUAAUUGUGUCCAACAGUCGAUCGAAAGCAGAUCUGAACAAAAGAAACCUACGGUCGGGGAUCAGUUGCCGUCGACUCUCGCGCCUACUCUACCGCCGCCGACGACAUCAUCUUCGCUGUACACUCCGCCCGAGUAUUCAUUGCCCACUUGUGCUCAAACACUGUUCUCAAUGUCGCCAAACGUCAAAGACUUACCCAAACCUGACUUCUCGUUACUGACGUCUAAAGACAAUACAAUGAACGCAUUGCCACUAAAACCGGCCGAACCUGCGGUCACUUCGGCUCUGGAGCUGACAUUCCCGCGAAACCCAUCGCCGAUACCAAUAUAUAGUCAAUUGCCGAACACAUCGGCGGACACUUUGCUCAACACAUGUUCGCGAAUGAAUGGCAUUCAAUCAUCAAAUGGCAAA